AUGAGCAGUUCUUCAUCAGAGCAAGAAGCAGAUUUUGAUCCUGAGAUUGAAAGAACGUUUCGAGCAAGAAGGAGACAGCAAAGACGUAUCAAUCCUACAGCAACACCUAACAUGGACGCAAGGUUGGGAAACGGUGAAGAGGAAGGACCUGGACAAAACAAUGGAGGUCCAAAUCAGGCUGAGAUUCCAAUCAGAGCACAUGCAAUUCCUACGCUCAACAAUCUGCAUUCUGGAAUCGUUCAACCUGAUGUAGCAGCAGAGAAUUUUGAGCUGAAGCCAGUGAUGUUUCACAUGCUACAGACCAUUGGUCAAUUCAAUGGACUGCCUACUGAAGACCCUCACCUUCACCUCCAGAAUUUUAUUGAUGUAGCAGACACUUUCAAAAUAAGAGGAGUUACAUCUGAUGCGCUAAAGAUGAAGCUGUUCCCAUAUUCCCUCACCAACAAAGCUAAAGCAUGGUUGAAUUCUUUACAACCACAGUCAAUCCGAAGUUGGGAGGAGUUGGCGGACAAGUUUUUACUGAAGUUCUUCCCUCCUAUGAAGGCAACCCAAUACAGGAAUGAUAUAUCAACCUUCAAGCAAUUGCAAGACGAAUCAUUUUAUGAAGCUUGGGAGAAAUUCAAAGAUCUGUUGAGGAAGUGCCCAAAUCAUGGCAUUCCCGAAUGGAUUCAAAUGGAGACAUUCUAUAAUGGGCUCAAUGGACCAACAAAAGGCAUGGUUGAUGCAUCAUCUGGAGGAGCCCUAUUAGAAAAAACAUAUACAGAAGCAUAUGCAAUAUUGGAGAGGAUGGCAGUCAACAACUAUCAGUGGCCCGUAGAAAGAUCAAGUUUAAUACAAAAAAAAGCUGUUGGAGUUUGGGAACUGGAUGCUGUAUCAGCACUGUCAGCACAGAUUUCAGCUCUUAACAACUCUAUCAAGACGAUGAGUCUGUCUGCUGAAGCUAAACCAGUCAAUGCCCUCACUGAUGCUAUAUCAUGUGUUUUCUGUAAUGGUCCCCAUAUCUAUGAUAACUGUCCACAAAACCCUCAAUCUGUUUGUUUUAUAGGAAAUUUCAACAGGAACAACAAUCCAUAUUCAAAUACCUAUAAUCCCGGAUGGAGGAAUCACCCGAAUCUUUCCUAUUCACAAGGACAGCAUCAUGGACAGCAGCAAGGACAACAACAAUUGUCCUCAGACACAGCAGGAAGGUCAUAUAAAGCUCCAUAUCCUCCCGGAUUCACGCAACAACAGCAUCAAUCCAGACAGCACACUGAUACAUCAAAUAUGCUGGAAGGCAUGCUGAAGGAUUACAUGACAAGGAGUGAUGCUAUAAUUCAUAAUCAAGCUGCAUCAAUCAAGAAUUUGGAGACUCAAGUAGGUCAAUUGGCAGAAGCACUCAGAAGCAGACCUCAAGGAACUUUGCCAAGCAACACUGAAGUCCCAAAGAAAAAUGGAGCAGAGCAAGUCAAUGCUAUAUCACUGCGGAGUGGUAAGGCCGUAGAUGAACCAGAAGUCAUAAAGAACUACCACGAGCAGAAACAGAAAGCAUUGGACCAGGUUGAAGAAGGGAAAGUUGCCGAAGAGGUGGAAACUAAUGAUCAACCCAAAGAACCUCAAGUUGCUGGCACUGAGAGUAUUGCUACAUCAAAGCCACAGCAAGGUCAGACUGUCAGCAAGGCAACAAGGCCACCACCACCCUUUCCUCAAAGAUUGCAGAAGAAAACUGAUGACAAGCAGUACAAGAAAUUCCUUGACGUCCUCAAACAGUUGCACAUUAAUGUACCCUUGGUUGAAGCUCUUGAGCAAAUGCCAAGUUAUGCAAAAUUCAUGAAGGACAUCUUGGCAAAGAAGAGGAAGCUGGAGGAAUAUGAGACAGUAGCUCUCACCCAAGAAAGUAGCUACAGCAGUACUGUCCAGCCUCAAAGAAGGCUGAAUCCUAUGAUGAAAGAAGUUGUCAAGAAAGAAGUGAUUAAAUGGCUUGAUGCAGGGAUAAUAUAUCCCAUCUCAGAUAGCCAAUGGAUAAGUCCUGUGCAAUGUGUACCAAAGAAAGGAGGGAUCACAGUUGUGAAGAAUGAGAAAAAUGAGCUUAUACCAACAAGAACCGUGACCGGAUGGAGAAUAUGCCAGGACUAUAGGAAGCUUAAUGAUGCCACAAGAAAAGACCACUUCCCCCUGCCAUUCAUUGACCAAAUGUUGGACAGGCUAGCAGGGAAGGAGUUCUAUUGCUUCCUAGAUGGAUAUUCGGGCUACAACCAGAUUGCUGUAGCACCAGAAGAUCAAGACAAGACCACAUUUACUUGCCCAUAUGGAACAUUUGCCUUUAGAAGGAUGCCAUUUGGAUUAUGCAAUGCUCCAGCAACCUUCCAAAGGUGUAUGAUGGCAAUAUUCACAGAUAUGGUGGAGAAUUUUGUGGAAAUAUUCAUGGAUGAUUUCUCAGUCUUUGGAGAAUCAUUUAAAUCUUGUCUUGAGAAUUUAUCAAAGGUACUCAAGAGAUGUGAAGAGACUAACCUAGUGUUGAAUUGGGAGAAAUGCCAUUUCAUGGUCAAAGAAGGUAUAGUCUUGGGUCACAAAGUAUCAAAAGAAGGAUUAGAAGUGGAUAGAGCAAAGAUAUCCACGAUUGAAAAGCUGCCCAUACCCAUUAAUGUCAAGGGAAUCAGAAGCUUUUUGGGACAUGCUGGAUUCUAUAGGAGGUUCAUCAAGGACUUCUCAAAAAUUUCCAGACCGCUAUGCAGAUUGCUAGAACAGGACACCCCAUUCAUAGUUGAUGAUCAAUGCAAGGCAGCAUUUGAAGAAUUGAAGCAGAAGCUUGUUACAGCACCCAUAAUUGUUGCACCCGAUUGGACUGCACCAUUUGAAAUCAUGUGUGAUGCUAGCGAAUGUGCCAUUGGUGCAGUGCUAGGUCAAAGAAAAAAUAGGAUGUUCCAUCCUAUCUAUUAUGCUAGCAAAACACUUACAGGGGCACAAUUUAAUUAUACAGUCACUGAAAAAGAACUUUUAUCUGUUGUUUUUGCAUUUGAAAAGUUCAGAUCUUAUUUAUUUGGUGCUAAAGUGACUGUUUUUACUGACCAUGCAGCCAUUAAAUACUUGGUGGACAAAAAGGAUUCCAAACCAAGAUUGAUACGGUGGAUUCUUUUACUUCAAGAGUUUGACUUGGAGAUUAAAGAUAAAAAAGGCACAGAGAACCAAGUUGCAGACCACCUAUCCAGGCUGGAUGAUGGAAGGUCAGAAGUAGAUGAAGAACCAGUGAAGGAUGAAUUCCCAGAUGAACAGCUGUUUGCUAUCGACUAUGCUAUAGCACCAUGGUACGCUGAUAUAGCAAACUUUCUGGCGAGUGGAAUAAUGCCAAAUCAUAAGAACUCACAGCAAAGAAAGAGGUUCAUCCAUGAUUGUAAGUACUAUCUUUGGGAUGAACCAUACUUAUUUAAGAGAGGCCCUGAUCAAAUCUUGAGAAGAUGUAUUGCUACAACAUACCACCCCCAGACCAGUAGGCAAGUUGAAGUGUCCAAUAGAGAAAUCAAAAGGAUCUUGGAGAAGGUGGUAAAUCCUUCGAGGAAGGACUGGUCAUUCAGAUUGGAUGACUCAUUAUGGGCAUAUAGGACUGCCUAUAAAACAGCAUUAGGUGCAUCCCCAUACAGAAUUGUCUAUGGCAAGGCAUGCCACCUACCUGUUGAGUUAGAACAUAAGGCAUACUGGGCUAUAUCAAAGCUGAAUUUGGAUGAACAAGCAGCUGGACAGAAAAGAAUGCUACAGCUAAAUGAACUGGAAGAAUUCAGAAUGAAUGCAUAUGAAAAUGCCAAACUUUACAAGGAAAAUAUGAAGAAAUGGCAUGAUAACAAGAUCCUUCCAAGGGUAUUUGAGCAAGGUCAGCAAGUCCUUCUAUUUAACUCAAGGCUCAAGCUCUUUCCAGGCAAGCUUAAAUCAAGGUGGACAGGACCUUUUAAGGUUGCACAUGUGUAUCCCCAUGGAGCUAUUGAAAUUACGAAUGAAAAAGAUGGGAGCACGUUUAAGGUUAAUGGACAAAGGCUGAAGCACUAUUGGGGAGAUCAAAAUGUCAAGGAGACAACUAUUAUCUCCUUGACUGAGCCGAGUUGA